CGGAGGCGCUGCCGGUUACGUAAAGAUGAGGGGCUGAGGUCGCCUCGCGCUCCUGCGAGUCGGAAGCGCCCCGCGCCCCCGCCCCCUUGGCCGCCGCGCCGCGCCGCGCUCGUCGUCCGAGGCCAGGGCAGGGCGAGCCGAACCUCCGCAGCCACUGCCAAGUUUGGCCGCGCCGCCGGGGCUGCUGUCUCCCGCACCAUGUCCGCGGCCGCCUACAUGGACUUCGUGGCUGCCCAGUGUCUGGUUUCUAUUUCGAACCGCGCUGCGGUGCCGGAGCAUGGGGGCGCUCCGGACGCCGAGCGACUGCGACUACCUGAGCGCGAGGUGACCAAGGAGCACGGUGACCCGGGGGACACCUGGAAGGAUUAUUGCACGCUGGUCACCAUCGCCAAGAGCUUGUUGGACCUGAACAAGUACCGACCUAUCCAGACCCCCUCGGUGUGCAGCGACAGUCUGGAGAGUCCGGAUGAGGAUAUGGGAUCCGACAGCGACGUGACCACCGAAUCUGGGUCGAGUCCUUCUCACAGCCCGGAGGAGAGACAGGAUCCUGGCAGCGCGCCCAGCCCGCUCUCCCUCCUCCACCCUGGAGUGGCUGCGAAGGGGAAACACGCCUCCGAAAAGAGGCACAAGUGCCCCUACAGUGGCUGUGGGAAAGUCUAUGGAAAAUCCUCCCAUCUCAAAGCCCAUUACAGAGUGCAUACAGGUGAGCGGCCCUUCCCCUGCACGUGGCCAGACUGCCUUAAAAAGUUCUCGCGCUCGGACGAGCUGACGCGCCACUACCGGACGCACACGGGCGAGAAGCAGUUCCGCUGCCCGCUGUGCGAGAAGCGCUUCAUGAGGAGCGACCACCUCACCAAGCACGCCCGGCGCCACACCGAGUUCCACCCCAGUAUGAUCAAGCGCUCGAAAAAGGCGCUGGCCCACCCCUUGUGAGGGGCCGGCCGCGCCCGCCGG